CCCAUUCCCGAGCUGCUCCCGGCCCUUUCCCGGCCUCCCCGCCCCGCCAUGCCCCCCAAGAAGCAGCAGCAGCCGGCGGGGGGCAGCAAGAAGGCGGACCAGAAGAAGAAGGAGAAGAUCAUCGAGGACAAAACAUUUGGCCUGAAGAAUAAAAAAGGUGCAAAGCAGCAGAAGUUCAUCAAGGCUGUGACUCACCAGGUAAAGUUUGGUCAGCAAAAUCCACGCCAGGCUGCUCAAACAGAAAGUGAGAAGAAAUUAAAAAAAGAAGACAAGAAAAAGGAAUUGCAAGAAUUAAAUGAGCUUUUCAAGCCUGUGGUUGCUGCACAGAAAAUUAGCAAAGGUGCUGACCCCAAAUCUGUAGUGUGUGCUUUCUUCAAGCAAGGCCAGUGCACUAAAGGGGACAAGUGCAAGUUUUCUCAUGAUUUGUCUCUGGAAAGGAAGUGUGAGAAACGGAGUGUCUACAUUGAUGCCAGAGAUGAAGACCUUGAGAAAGAUACAAUGGACAACUGGGAUGAGAAGAAGCUGGAAGAAGUGGUGAACAAGAAGCAUGGUGAGGCGGAAAAGAAAAAACCCAAAACCCAAAUAGUCUGCAAAUAUUUCCUUGAUGCCAUUGAAAACAACAAAUAUGGCUGGUUUUGGGUCUGUCCCGGCGGAGGAGACAACUGCAUGUAUCGCCACGCCCUGCCCCCAGGCUUUGUGUUAAAAAAGGACAAAAAGAAGGAGGAAAAGCAAGAUGAAAUCUCCUUAGAAGACCUAAUAGAAAAAGAGCGUGCAGCCUUAGGACCAAAUGUUACCAAAAUUACUCUAGAGUGUUUUAUUGCCUGGAAGAGAAGAAAAAGACAAGAAAAAAUUGAUAAGGCUGAGCAAGAUAUGGAGAGGAGGAAAGCAGAUUUCAAAGCUGGCAAAGCAUUGGUGAUUAGUGGACGUGAAGUGUUUGAGUUCCGGCCAGAGCUGGUUGAUGCAGAUGAUGAAGAAGCAGAUGACACCCAUUAUGUUCAGGGAGCAGGAGAUGAUGAUGAGAUGGAAGACCCUGUGUGCAUAAAUGAUGUGGAUUUGAACCUGUAUGUCCCCAAGGCAGUGGAGGAGACUGGGAUUACAGUGGCUAGUCCUGAGCGGUUCAGCACCUACACUUUGGUAGAAAAGGAUGAUAAUAAAUUAAGUGAAGCUUCUGGUGGUGAUAUAAACAGCAGCGAGCAAAAUGAUUUAGAGGAAGACAAUGAUGGAGAUGGGGAAUUGGAAAAUGGAGUAAUUGAUGCUGUUCCAGUUGAUGAAAAUCUGUUUACUGGAGAGGACUUGGAUGAACUAGAAGAAGAACUAAACACUCUUGAUUUAGAAGAAUGAACUAAAAAGCUCCAGCGAGGAAUUAAAUCUAUGUGACAAAGUGAAAACUGA